AGGAAAAUGACCCACUGGUUUCACCGCAACCCUUUGAAGGCCACGGCUCCUGUUUCCUUCAACUUUUACGGGGUCGCUACCACCCCAGGGGCAGCAAAGAUUUGCAAUGAUAUAAGAUUAGCUCGAGUACGGCUGUUGGAGCUGUUUACUGACUUGAGUUGCAAUCCUGAAAUGAUGAAGAAUGCAACUGACUUGUACUUCUCACUCUUGCAAGGUUUUAUUGUUUCACUGGAUAACUCUUCUCAAGAAUCUAAGUUGCGAUAUAUUCAGAAUUUCAAGUGGACAGACACAUUGCAGGGACACGUUCCCAGUUCCCAGCAGGAUGCAGUGUUUGAACUGGUUUCCAUGGGAUUUAAUGUGGCUCUGUGGUACACAAAAUACGCAUCAAGACUUGCUGGAAAAGAAGAUAUAACAGAAGAUGAAGCAAAAGAUGUUCACAGAAGCCUGAAGAUAGCAGCUGGGAUUUUUAAACAUUUGAAGGAAAGUCAUGUUGCCAAACUGAUUACACCUGUGGAGAAGGGAAGAGAUUUAGAAGCUCGACUUAUAGAUUCCUACAUCAUACAGUGCCAAGCUGAAGCUCAAGAAGUGACAAUUGCCCGGGCUAUUGAGUUGAAACAUAAUCCAGGUUUAAUAGCUGCUCUUGCGUACGAAACAGCAAACUUCUACCAAAAAGCUGACCAAACGCUAUCCAGUUUGGAUCCAGCCUAUGUAGGUAAAUGGAGGAAGUACUUAAACUUGAAGACUUGUUUCUAUAUGGCCUAUGCAUACUGUUACCAUGGUCAGACUUUGCUGACCAGUGAUAAGUGUGGAGAAGCAAUCAGAUCUCUGCAGGAAUCAGAAAAAUUUUUUGCCAAGGCUGAAGCAUUGUGCAAAGAAUAUGGAGAAACCAAAGGACCUGGGACUACAGCCAAACCUUCUGGACAUCUCUUCUUUAGGAAAUUAGGAAGUUUGGUUAAGAACACUCUGGAAAAAUGCCAACGAGAGAAUGGAUUCAUUUACUUCCAAAAAGUACCAUCAGAGGCGCCCCAGCUGGAACUGAAAGCAAACUAUGGCCUAGUGGAGCCUGUUCCUUUUGAAUUUCCUGCCCUAAAUGCRCACUGGACUCCUGAAACACUUGCUGCAUUUGAUCUCACCAAGAGACCAAAGGAUGACACUGCUAAACCGAAACCAGAUGAAGAUGUAAAACCUCUGAAGGAACCAGAUAUAAAACCUCAGAAAGACAGCGGCUGCCAGAUAUCCUAAGUGCCAUAAGUGCUUUGAAUUCCCUUUAAAACUCUAUUAAUUGGACUUUGCGGCUCUUAGUUCUGAUCCUCCUUUUUCUAAGUCUUCUUUUUAAUUUACAAUACUAAUUUAAUUUGGUUUUGUUAGUACGAAUCUGUCUUGCUUGAGAAUGUGGUGGAUUUUUGGAGGAAAUGUAUUUAUAUUUGACUUAUUUUGGGUUUUAGCAGGAUAUCGUAGAAUGAAUGGGCUUAAUUGUCUCUAUUGUGCCUCUAGAGAGUUUCUUUUUAUGGGUUUAGUUUUUGCUACCCACAAAUAGCAAAGAAAGAAUCAUGACUGUAACACUUGAGGAUUUUCCAUUAAAUUAUAUGCUAUAUAAUGUCGACUUCUACRAGCAGAUAAUAGCAUGAACAGUUAUAUUUAUUUAGGUUUGUCCCAAAGGCUUAAAUCGCUGUCAUGUUCUGAUUCUCUUAACUGUAGUGACUGAAGAAAGCUGGAUUUGGUAUAUAGCUUUUGUAUAGUGUUUCACAGGACUUUCACAAAAUUUGGAAAACUUGCAGUUCUGCAUAGUUACAGCACAGUUUAUAUUUCUUCUAAAGCUAUUGCACUCUGCUCUUUCCUUCAAAGAUUCCUGUUCAUGUAUCGGAGUUGACAGUAAGGUGUUUUAGCUAGAUCUCCUUAAAUUAAAAUCCUCYUGUGUCAGAUUGCAUGUGAAAGUGAUGCAGCACCUAAAGAGAAAGCUCUUAAAGGUAAUGCCUCAGUGUCAUUCAUCCUCAGUUCCUGAAUUUAGAAAGAUUUUAAAAGAUUGAGAGCUGUGGAUAGUUAAAAUCCCCUAGCACUUAAAAGCUGAGUUUGGAUUUAUGAAGCUGUCAUGGAUAAGUUAAUGGGGUUGUAAAUAAGAUGCUUUGUUUCCCUCUGUAAGAAGCCAUCAGGAGAACAGGUAGGGAAGAUGAGCUGAGGAGCUAAUGACACAAUCAGGACAUCAGGCUCUGGAUUUCCUUUACACCAGAAGUAAACUGCUGUAUUCCAGCUUCUCAGGUUCACACUGUAAUUAGCUCCAUGUGAAGAGAAUUUGCCAAAGGUGAAGUCCAGCGAAGACUGAGGAAGAAAGUCUCUGGUAGAACCUGCUGCCUCUCUGUCUUCUACUGUGGAAAAUGUGACAAUAUUCUUCAGUACUAGCACUCCAAAACAUCAAUAUCAACAACAGCUCUCUGGUUAGUUGCAAAUGUAAGAGGGCGAUAUCUGGUGUCUGUGUUGGAGUGAGAGCCUUGUGGUCUCUAGAUUCCAGUUGCUGCCCUUCAUUCUGUCUGAGAAAGUAACUGAGCAGCUUGAAGAUGUUCAGGUUUCAACGCAGCAUGGACUUAUUUGCACUUGGCAGGGCAGGUACUGUGCAUGCAUUCCUUGCAUGGUGCUGUUUGGUUAGGUUCUCCUUUCGCUGGUCUAAAGCAGUGGCUCUAUGUUUGAAUUUCUUUUUUUGUGGAUCUGGACUAGCUCAGCAGGUGUGUAGCUCCUUGAUGGCUUGUGGAAAAGAACUACUGGGGGGGCGGUUUAUAUGAACAUGAGACUCUUCCUCGGAUAUUGGACCAAAGUACAUUGCUGUAAAAGACAACUGCUGCCACAGUUCAUUGCUGUAAAAGACAAAGAAGAUCUUGGUGAUGACUGCCAUGGGUGAAUCAAAUCAAAACUCACUCCAUCCAGUGAUUAAUCUUUUUUUCAACCAAUUCUGCACUUGAAAACUAAGUACCACAUCCAGAGGAUCACUUUGGAAGAGCAAGUUUUUGUUUUGAAGGAGUUUAUGUGGGUGUAGGAUAGUAAAUCUCUAGAGAGAUUUAUAUCAAAAACAUGUCCAUGCCUUCCAACUGCACAGCAAAUGGAAAGAGGCAACUGGGGCUUGUGUGAUGGAGAGCACUCAGAUCUCUUCAUAACUUGAUCAGCUGAUAUUUUUAGGCUUCUUGCAUAGUUAAAAGACUUCGCUUAGGAUUUGUCAGAAUGUAUUGUGGUCUUUCUCUGCCAAUAUAUACUUUAAUACCCUUAAAAACUCAUUACAGCUGUAGUCAUCUGCUUAGCCUGGCCCCCUUAAGCAUCAAGAUUCACUUCACUGGAUUUCGUAAUCCUGAGCUGUCAGUUGCUCAUGACUUUUCAGAUGUCUCUCCGUCAAUGCCAGUAGGUCUCAACCUACUUAAUGGUUCUUUCUAGAUCCAUUUUCCUCCUUGCCCCUCGCUUUCCCUCCCAUCUACUGCACACUAUGGCACAGACUUCUGUUUGCUAACGCACACGUGAGCACUGGGACUCAUUUCCAGUGAGGCUUUUUGCCAUGGAUGUAUUUUGAUGUAUGUAUAUCUUAAUCAAGAUCUGCUCUUUUUAUUUUAAAACGUUCCCCCCAAAAAGCUUAGAAAAGAUUAUACUAUGGAAUUGCCAUUUUUUAAUUCUUUGGAUGCUUUCUCAAACCAAGUGGUUUGUUUGAAUCAAAUUCCUUGUAAAUAGCUUUGGGUAAAAGCAACUGGAUUGUGGCAUUACUUAAGCCUAGUUGUGUAACCUCUUAUGCCAUAGYUGUUUUGGUAAAUAUGAUGCAGUAGUUUAAAAAUAGUCUAAUACAACAAACUUAAUUUACUGAAGCUGCUUUUCAAGACAAACUUUGUUUCCUUGUCAUUUAAAAUCCUCUGGCAAACAUUAAAUAGUCUUGCCCAAGAAAAAGGAACUUGAGAUUGUUUGCUCUGCCAAGCAAAUACAUGAACUGAGUCAACAACUUCUUUGUUUUUGGCUGAAAGUGGUGAAGAUUAUUGUACAUAGUAUGUAGAUUAACUGUCCUGUAUCAUGAGGAAUAUAGGUGAUUUGACUGGAAGUUUCCAUUAACCUGGAAACCUUGUAGUCACUUUCCUUCUAUUAUGGUUUCCUCUAAUAGAUCAUUUUAAUAAUGUAUUUUGAAUGCUGACUUUUUAAUAUUCUUAUGCUGUAAGAGCCCAUUUUUGUGGCCUCUGGGCGUAGAGGCUCUGAUGGCUAAACCUGCAAGUGUUGUUCAUAUAAUAAGGCAGUCUGAACAAGGACAAAACUGUUGCUGAAUAAAAUACUGAGCAUUGGGCCCUCUAUUUUUGUGCUUUUGAAAAUGCACUGAUCAUCGUAAUGUACUAAAACGCAAAUUGGUAAGCUCCCUAAGAAUCACGCUUGGAGACCUUCACACUUCCUCCAUGCUUCAUGUUCCUGGGUUUACAGUAGUUAAUCUUUACCUGGCACGUGGCACUCCUAAAACCAAAGGACUGAACUGAGCCCUUGGGUGCCCGUGCCCAUCUCCCACGGGAUUCCAGGAGGAUUUUUGUGCGUCAGCCUGAGGAGAACAUUUGGUUACUUGAAUGUUCAGCAUGAAAAUGUGGUGUAUCUGU